AUGAACAAGCUUCUUGAUCAGCCCUGCUCACAUUCAAGAGUUCAAAAGUCACUAUUUUUGGCCUUUCUCAUACUCCUUCCCGCCAUAGUUUCCGGUGAGUGUACAUGUGAUGCUGAAGAAGGAGGUCAUAACAAGAGAAAAGCACUUAUAUACAAACUGAUCGCCAUAGCCACAAUCCUUGUAGCCGGUGCAAUCGGUGUGUGUCUUCCAGUAUUGAGCAAGACCAUACCGAGUUUAAGUCCCGAUAGGGAUUUAUUUUUCGUCAUCAAAGCUUUUGCAGCGGGUGUCAUUCUAGCAACUGGGUUUAUACACGUGCUUCCUGAUGCUUUUGAUCACUUGACAUCGCCGUGUUUGAAUGCGAAUCCAUGGCAGAACUUUCCGUUUACAGGGUUCGUGGCCAUGGUAUCGGCAAUGGGUACUCUUAUGGUUGAUACCUAUGCUACUUCUUACUACAAGAAAUCACACUUGAACAAAGCAAGGCCCGAUGAAGAGAUGGUAGUUGAUGGGCAUGAUGAUGGUCAUGUUCAUGUUCACACGCAUGCCACAAAUGGUCAUGCCCAUGGAUCGGUACUCUCUGAAGGGGAUUCGGAUUCAUCUGAACUACUUCGUCAUCGUGUUAUAUCACAGGUUUUGGAAUUGGGAAUUAUAGUCCACUCUGUAAUUAUUGGAAUUUCCCUGGGUGCUUCUGAAACUCCAAAAACCAUAAGGCCUCUUGUGGCUGCCUUGACAUUUCAUCAAUUUUUUGAGGGCAUGGGACUUGGUGGAUGCAUAGCUCAG